AUGAAUCUCUCAAUCUGUGUUUUUAUUUUAAUACUCGCUGCAUGCGAUGGGGAAAUAAUUACGAGUAUGGAGGUAUCCGUUCUAACCAACUUUGUUGCAAGCCUAGUUAAAACCAAGCAAGCAAUAGUGUUUUCGUGUUCACUUAAUGAUUUUAAAGAAAUAUCUCUUGCAUUGUUGGGAAUCAAUCAAUUCGUGAGCGUAGUUAACCUUAACCAAACCUAUUCCCUAACAUCCAUAUUGACGCGGGAAAAUUACGCUCGAACUUCUGUUCUAGUAAAUGCCAGAUGCAGUGGAUCAUCUGAACUUCUUUUUAAAGCAUCUGAAAAUAAGUAUUUCAACAAAACUUACCAGUGGUUCCUCUGGGGUGUUGAUCUUGAGGUUCAAUCCCUAUUCCCCCUAACUCUCAAGUAUGUUGGUCCCAACGCCCAGAUAACCUAUGUUAAUGAAACCACAGAUGGUUAUGCGUAUUGGGAUAUUCAUUCAAAAGGACGACACCUAAAAUCGCAUUUGGAAAUAAAUUUAAUAGCAACAUUAAUAAACGAUACAUUGAGUAUAGUUUGCGAUAUUUUCCAUUUGCAAAGCAUUGAUUUUCGCGGACAAUUUAACGGAAUCACUCUAAGAGGAGCAAGUGUUAUCGACAAGGAGGAUAUAUUCUCGAAUGAACAAAUUGAAUCCAUUCUUUCGAGACCAACGAAAGAUGCUGGAGUUGCUGCAUUUAUUAAGUAUCACUACGAGCUUCUUGGACUUCUAAGAGAACGCUUCAACUUCACGGUUAAUUUCCGAAAUUCUAGGGGAUGGGCUGGACGGUUGGGCAAUACUACCUUUCGACUCGGCCUCUUGGGGAUCGUUAUGCGAAAUGAGGCAGAUAUUGCCGCAUCCGGUGCCUUUAAUCGAAUUAAUCGUUUUGCAGAGUUUGAUAUAAUACACCAAAGCUGGAGAUUUGAGACGGCUUUUCUAUACCGCUAUACUUCUGAUUUGGAUACUCAUGGAAAAAGUGGUAACUUUCUGUCGCCAUUCAGCGACAGAGUUUGGUUAUUCUGUCUAUUAACCCUUGGUGUUUUUAGCAUCAUUUGGGUGCUAUUUGAAAUUAUCGACUCCAAAAUUUUACAUAGACGAAUUAAUUGCCAAAUUCCGGAACAUUUUCAUAAAAUUACGGUAAACGGCAUUAAGACCACAUGCAUUGAACGAAUUCUGCAGACUUUUGGAGCUUGCUGCCAACAGGGAUUGGAUCCAAAUCCUGUAGAUCGUUCAGUGCGCUUUUUAGUAAUGACUCUAUUCUUAUUCUCCCUGGUAAUGUACAACUAUUAUACCUCUUCCGUGGUGGGCGGAUUGCUUAGUUCUUCAGAUCAGGGCCCCUCUACCGUCGACGAAAUAACAGCAAGUCCCUUAAAAAUAUCAUUUGAAGACAUUGGUUACUACAAAGUCUUAUUCCGAGAAAGCCAAAAUCGAUCUAUUACAAGAUUAAUAGAGAAAAAGCUGUCUUCGUCAAGAACUUUGAGUGAAUUGCCAAUCUUUAGCCAUAUCGAGGAAGCUGUUCCAUAUCUCAAAGCCGGUGGUUUCGCUUUUCAUUGUGAAGUGGUGGACGCUUAUCCGGUGAUUGCAGAAUAUUUCGACGCCAACGAGAUCUGUGAUUUGCGCGAAGUCUCUGGUCUAAUGGAAGUUGAAAUAAUGAAUUGGAUUUUACACAAAAACAGCCAGUAUACUGAAAUUUUUAAAUCAGCUAUGUGUAAUGCCCAGGAAAAAGGCUUUGUUGAACGAAUUCUUCGUCGGCGACAAAUCAAAAAGCCAGCCUGUCAAUCGUUAUACACCGUAUAUCCUGUGAGCUUGUCAGGGGUGUUACCUGGAUUUGUAAUUUUGAUUUGCGGAUUUGGAGUAUCGCUUCUACUUUUGUGUAUGGAGAAACUAUAUGCGCAUUUUGGAUUACGAAAAUGGUGCGGUUUUUAGAUGUGUAUUUGUUG